CUCGCCAAUCGCAAGUGUUCCUAGUUUGCUUCCACUUCAACUAUAUAAAUGUCAAUAAAACAAAAAUGCCAAUUCAAUAGAAAAGAUGGGUGCAAAGUGCGUAAUGACUCCGCUCUCGCCGACGUAUAUAUAAGCAGAAAAAAUUUCGAAAACUUUCAACAGUCUUCGUCGCUAGAAUUUCGUUGUACUUGGCUAUUAUGGAGAAACAUAAUUACACGGUGAUGUUGCUUCUUGUUUGUGCGAUCGUUCAGGUUCAUUCCUCCUUCGAAGGUGUCAACGCCGAAGAUGAUUUGGCGGCGAUCGGAUCCAAUCGAAUCGCAGCCGAAAACGAGUCGGCCGUUGAUGUUCUACCCGGCGAUGAAGAACCAAAUGAUCCAUCUUCGCCAGUGAUAUUUGCCGGUCACGCUGAUCGAAGGAUAAGGAGAACACCUGGGGCACCGAAUAACAGCUCCGAGAAGUUGGAGAAAUUGAAAAAAGCCCUGGCAUCAUCCGGAGUCACGCCUGCAGUGCCGCAAUCCGGAGAUCUAAUUCGAGUCCAACGCGACAACUUGAUAAGAGAUUUUAACCGAAUUGUCGCAGAUCUAAUGCGAGUGCACCGAAUAAGAAGGAACGAAGCGUACCUCCGCGCUCUUUUAGAACAUGAAAACCUGGUUGACCAAAUAAUUCUGAUGAAUGGACCCUAAGUUCGUGAGUCCAACUUCAGAGCUGACCGAAGCGCGGAGUUUUCGAAGAGUUCGAAGAAAAUCGUCGACCAACUUGUCAGUGGAUGAAGAAAUUUGGAUUUGCACUCUUGUGCAUUUUAGAUGUAAACUUAUUCAUGUUUUAAUAAAACGAUACACCAAAAAACGUCCUUCAUAAGCGUUAAGGGGGGUCCUGCUUUAAAAAGUCAAAAAACAUCGGUCGCUUCUUCGAGAAUGUUUUUGCAUAGACGGAAAUAACUCACCGUGUUGCGAACUUUUCGGUGUAGUUUCAAGUAUAUUUCAAGAAUACAAAAACAUUUUUUUAAUGGGAGCAUUACUAAUUUGGCACAUAUAAACCAUGUAGAAAUUAGUAUUUCUCACAUUGAAAAAAUGUUUUUAUACUUUUGAAAUAUCCUUGAAAUUAUACCGAAAAGUUUGAUGUGGUGAGUUAUUUCCAACCAUCCUAAAAACAUUCCCGAAAACAAUCGAUUUUUUUAACUUUCUAAAGCACGCGGCCACCCCUUGAUUUCAAAACUCCCGCUGUCAUUUUAUCUGCAAAUGUAAUUUCGGGUGUUUUUAAAUAAGUAACCUGGCCAUGAUCGCGGGAUGAAUCACCCCUUCCCUCUUACAACGAAUGACAAAUUCUGAGUUGAUUUUUGAGUUUACAUUGGUUGAUUUUAAUACUACAUGGUUGAGAAAAUUUUGUACUCGAUUGCAAAACAAUAAUAAUCAGCAAUGAAAGCGCUCCUCGAAGCACGUAAAUUGGAUAACAAUUAUAUUAAUUCGCUCUCUUUUAGCGUUGUUUCUACUUCACAAAGAUUUUUCUAAUGAGUCGAAUAUCGCAAGUGUUUUUAAUGACGAUUCGAUAGGAGCUGAGCGAAGAGCGUGCGAGAGAAACCCGUCGACAUACGAAAAAAAUAAACCUAUGUUUGCAUACUUUCCGCAGUUUUUAGUGUUAUAAAAGCCAUAAAUCGUGAGCGCUUCUCAAUUUUCUGUCAUCUCGGGCCGAUAUCGAUAAAGUACAAUAUGAAUUAAUUCAAAUAAAAGAAUCAAAAAUGCGUCAUAAAACCUCCGGCAAACAUAUAAAAACAGCAUGAAUUUCGAAAAUUUUAAACAGUCUUCGUCGCUCGAAAGAUCGUCUGUACACGGAGAGAAUUAAAUUUGUAAAAUUAUCGUGAGUACCGAUAGUGCGGUUACGAGCUGCGAUUCGUGAAAUUAUAAGACAAAAAUUGAAUUUUCCUAUAAAUUAAACAAUAUUUAUUGUUCAAAGUAGGGACUUUUAUCGAAGUAUUUAGUAAAUUUUGACCUCCUGUCUGCAAUAUUUACUGUCAAAAGCAUGA